AUGGAGGUGGCGGGGUGGGAGGACAAGGACGCGUUGCUAGACAGCGCGUGGAUGGACGCCGCCACCAAGGACGACGAACCCGAAGACGACGAACCCAACGCUGACGACUUCCGUCGCUCUCGCACGUUUACGUCGUCCAUACUCUCCCGAAUUACCGCGUCAACACCUGGAAGAGGCGAGUCGAGCAGAGCGACCCCGCGCGGAGCCAGCGACGGCAAGGCGGCGUCUAGCGGCGGCAGCGCCAAGGACGGCCCGAGGCCGCCCAAGUGGCUCAACUUCCGGGGCUCCGCGAGCAAGGGGGCAUCCGACGACAGCAGCAAGGCGGCGGCUACUCCAAGUGCGAAUCGGACCGCAUCCUCGAGAACUUCGGACGCCAAUUGGUCCGACAAGCAGUUGUCGCCUCCGGCAGACACGUCUGCGGCUGACGAGCCGUCAAUGGACGAUCUUCGUCGAUCCAUUACCGUGUCCGCCGUUGAUAGAAGCUCGUUGCGCCGGCAGCACAAGGAGAUGGGCACCCUCCGCGCCACUGCCGAGGUUGCGAACAAGAAGGCGAGCGCGCAUGGCGGCAGGAUCAGCGCCUCCACCGGCGUCGGUAGCGGAUUGGAUGCACCGGGUGCUCAACCCAACCCGGGAAACGCGGGUGGGCUUGCACGGACGCGAUCCGGCGGAAGCGCAACAUCGGUGGUGUCGCGACCUCCCGCCCCCGUGUCGGCCGCUAAAGUCGCCUUCUUCUCGUUCAAUAAACACCGCGAGGCCGUCGCUGGCGCGGAACAUGCGGAGCAGCUGACGCUUUCCGCGGAUGAGCAGAAGGCGCGCGGACAAUCGGGGGAAGCUGUCGCGCGGAAAGGCUAUGGGCGGCGGGCGCAGAGCAUUGGUGGAACGGCAGGGGAGCUGCGCGGAAGAGGGGGCAUUCCGGAUGGCGGGAGGGCUUCAUUGGGAGGCCCGUCAUCAUCGGGCCCCUGUGGUGCUGCACCCGCUGCUCUAUCCACUCUCCCUCGCCUCUGCCCUCCUCCGAAUUCUCCCUGCCGUCCCACUCCCCCCCGCCUCCCCUUCCCCAGGAGUCGCAGUGUGGGCAACGCUCAGAGCGACGCGGGCAGCCAUGGUCUCUCGCCGCUGCACCCGUCCGCCUCCCGCCUCUCCGCCCACUCCGACCGCCCCGCCUCCCCGCAGCUCAUGCGCCGCCCCCGCGGCCACUCCGCCUCAAUGCUGCCCCCCACAGUGCGCACCUCCACGCCUCCCCGCGCGCCCGACCCAGGCGAGCGCCCAGGCUCGUCCCUGUCCGAACGAGGGAGUGGGCCGACUGGCAGGCGUAAGAGUGGUGUGUCUAGGCGAAAGGAAGGGGGGGUAUCAGUAGGAGGCUCGGAACGAACGGGGUCGCCCCUUUCACGAGGAGCUUAUAGCGGGUACGGAACUGAGGAUGGGCCAGGGAGUGUUGCAAGCGCGGGGCUCGUGGGGGGCAACGGGGAAGGCGAAUACGAGCAGUACCAGCAGCGGGGGAGCAGAGGGCGCGGGAUGGGCGCAGGGGGAGGGGCGCAAGGGGGAAGGCAUGGGCGGCAGAAAUCAAGCAGCAGCAAUGGAGGGGGUGAAGGGGAGGGCGUGCGAGGGGGGAUGAGCGGAGGUGGGCGUGUAGAGGGGGGAGCGAGUGCGGGGAGAAUGGGGAGGGGAAGCGUGGCAGUGAGGGGAGUUGCGGGUGGGGGGGCUGCGAGUGGCGGGAGAGGAUCGGCAGGCGGGCAUGUGUACGGGUAUGGCAGAGGAGGGGCGGCGAUUGAAGGGGGGGAGGAUGAGGGGUAUGGAGAGGGAGGGGUGUGGGAGGAGGAAUUUGAUAGUGGGGAAGGGGCGGGGGGGCUGGUGGGUGCUAAGGAGCAGCAGCAGCAGCAGUGGCAGGGGCAGGGGCAGCAGCAGUGGCAAGGGCAGGGGCAGGGGCAGCAGCAGUGGCAGGGGCAGCACAUGCAGGCGCAGCAAGGGCAUGUGGAUGGGUAUUCAAGUGGAUACGUGGAUGAUGAAGGGAGGUACUCGGGCGAUCAAGAGGGGGAGGAGCAGCAGGGAGGCGACGAGUGGUAUGAGGGAGGGGAAGGGGGGGAUCCUGGGGCGUACGCGCAGCAAGGGGCGUGCGGUGAGGGCGCAUACGAGGAGGGCGUGUAUGGCGGCGAAGAGGGCUAUGAUGAACAGGUUGGGGGGACGCAGGGUUAUGGCAUGCAGGCAGGGUAUGAAGCAGGGUACGGCGAGGCAGGGCGUGCGGAGCAGGGGUAUGGGCGGCAGGGGAAGCGGGGCGGAGGUCACAGCGAGUACAGCGAGACAGGGUAUGGGGAGCAGGACCAUGUGCCGCAAGGGUAUCAUGACACAGGGUAUAACGAUCAGGGGUAUAGCGAAGAAGUGUAUACUGAGCAGGCAUAUAACGAGCAGGGGUAUAACGAGCAGGGAUACAACGAGCAGGGAUAUAACGAGCAGGGAUAUAAUCAGCAGGGAUAUAACGAGCAGAAUUAUAACAAGGAAACGUACAACGAACAAGGGUAUGUAGAAGAUGGGUUUGGAGGGCAAGGGUAUGAGCAGGGGUAUGUGGAGCAGGGAUAUGGAGGGCAGGGGUAUGGGGAGCAGGGGCAGGAGGGGCAGGGAUACGAGGAGGACGAGUACUACGAGGAGCAAGGCAGCGGUGGGGGUGGGGGAUACAGCCAAGGCCGAGGGGGGCAGUACGCGGUUCAGGUGCAACCUGGGCGUCAGCAGUACCAGCAGCAGCGGCAGCAGGCCUCACAGCAGCAGGAGUAUUCCGCGCAGCAGCAAGGGUAUCCCCAGCAGAAACAGCAACAACAGCAGGCGCAGCAGCAGGGUGCUGGGAGGUCGUCAAGAAAGGGGUCACUGGGAGCAGCAGGUGCAGGGGGGGCAGGGGGGGGAGCAGAGAUGGGCGGCGGAGGCACGACAGGAGCCGCUGCGCCCCGAGGCAGGGCCUCCAACCACCAGCCCCCGCAGUCGCAUCAGCAGCCGGCCAAUCGGCGCCCGCCAAGUGGAGGGGCGAAGGGUGCUGGUGUCUCUCGCAGUCGAGGAGGUGCAGGAGGUGGGGGAGGGUACUGA